AUGUCUAGCCCACCCGCGAACAGCCCUGCGCGGACUGCCAGCGACAGAUCUGUGAUGAAGAACCUCUUAACUGCAUCCACAGUGCUGCCGGCGUAUCCAUUUGUCAAAUUAAUGGUUCGCGAGAGGAUAGGUGGGCAUGGGGGCGCUUCAGGUAAAUGUUAUGAUGAUCAUGGUAAAGGCAAUGGAAAUAGAGAGAAAUUCCAGUUUGAACGGGUCCGGGCGCUGAUGACGCCGCACCAUUUCAAAGCUGCUUAUGGAGGGCAUGUCUAUGCGCAGUCUGCUUAUGCUACAACUAAGACAGUCGGGAAGGGAACAUCGCAUACUCGUUCACUCCCAGGUUUCGAUGAUACCCCGUUUAUAUUUACCGUGCGCCAUGUUCGAGAGGGCUUAACCUAUUGUCUUCGCGCAGUAGACGUUUCCCAAGGUGAAGGCGUUUACUUCAGCUGCCUCUGCAGUUUCAAACAAGCAGAACAAGAGCACAAUUUCCAGUAUCAGCAACCUGGAGACAUGCAGCAGCGAUACGAGGAUAGAGGGCCAUCCACCUGCACCUGGCUUGGACAGGCCAUCAUGGAAUGCUGA